AAGCAAUGCGCUACAUGCGUAAUUCCUUUCAAAGUUGCUUUGACUCUCACAUAAAAGGCAUCUUUGCAAGUUAUCCGGAGUCCAAGAUAAGCUAUGCCUCGCUCAUUUUUGGUGAAAAGCAAACGAUGCACGAACAGCAUGCCCCGUGUGUGGAUAGACGUACCUACGGCACCCAGGCUCCCAUUCCAGUCUACGGCCUCAGGUCUGGAACCUCUGGAGCGCUCCAGCGCUCUGCCGCAGGGAGAGCCUCAGUCAGGUGAGGUGCCCUGCCCGGCAGAUUCCUACUCUGAUGUCAAGGUGGAGCAAGAGGCAGAGAAUCUGUUUCCACCCUUCCCUGAGACCACCCUGCCAACAUUCACUCCAGGGCGGUCAUACUAUUUGGGAGAAUCUCAGAUGACAGAAUUUCCUCCUUACUACAAGCCCUCCUACGGGUGGGAGCCUACACUUCCGGCACCUUACGAGUUGCCUCCUAUGGGUUUCUCCUCCUCCUUGCUCCAGCACACUGCCAGCCUGUACGGUGCUCAUCUGAAGCAAAGCCCUCCGACCCCCACAUCACCCCAGCCCAUGGACUGCAGCAUGCACUACUACCCCAGCUCCAACACCUAUCACUGCAUCACCUGCGAGAAGGUCUUCUCCACACCUCAUGGUUUGGAGGUGCACGUGCGACGCUCCCACAGCGGCACCAGACCAUUUGGCUGCAGCAUCUGCAGGAAGACCUUUGGCCAUGCCGUCAGCCUCGAGCAGCACAUGAACGUUCACUCCCAGGAGAGGAGUUUCGAGUGCAAAAUGUGUGGCAAGACGUUCAAGCGCUCCUCCACUCUCUCCACCCACCUGCUCAUCCACUCUGACACGCGGCCCUAUCCCUGCCAAUACUGUGGAAAGAGGUUCCACCAGAAAUCUGAUAUGAAGAAGCACACGUACAUCCAUACAGGCGAGAAGCCCCACAAAUGCCAGGUGUGUGGCAAAGCCUUCAGUCAAAGCUCCAACCUUAUCACGCACAGUCGCAAGCACACCGGCUUCAAACCCUUUGGCUGUGACAUCUGCUCCAAGGGCUUCCAGAGAAAGGUGGACCUGCGCAGACACCAUGAAAGCCAACACAGCCUGAAGUAAGCCACAGCCAGGGCAGGACUGGUCAUCUGGCAUACAGGGCAUUGCCGGUGUGCUGACAGUCAUCAGGGGGCAGAUGCUCUUGUUUAUUGCUUCUUUUUUUCUUCAAGACCAGCCCUCAAUUUAAAUGGGGUGGCCCAUUUGUCCAUCUACUGUAUUUAAUAUAGACAGUGGACUGAGCUAAUCAUGAUUUUGUAGAAAAGCAGGGGGCUGGUGGUCUAUGGAAAAAAAUGCCCGAGCCAUUAUACAGUCCCAGUCCGGCACUGGCCAUAGCAUACAGCAGGAGACACUCCUUUCCUUCCAUGUUUUCUGGAUUGCUCCAUGAUACAGUAGCUCAUCGCAAGGCCCAGCUCCACACACCUUUGCAAUCUCAUGGAAGUCACGUGGUUUGCACAUGGAGAGGUGUGAUAGAGUGACACACACUUUCUUAAUGCAUUAAAAUUCUUCAAUUGUGCAUUGGCAUCAGUGGUGUCCGUGUCCGAGUUACUUGUCGCUGGACUAUUGGAACUAAAAGGAAUGACACCCACUCGGAUAUAGCCUACGUAAGCAGAGGUGAUCACCCACUCAGGGUGGGGGGCUAUUAGAGGCCCGGGGGACGGCUGAGGAGUUGAGGGUCCAUACACUGUGCCAGGAUUUUUAAGAAUUCAGUGGUUGAGAACUUUCAAAAAGCACAACUCCUUGAUGCUGGACCAUGUAGGAAAAAAAGCUAUGCACCGACUUGUGAAUGAAGAAUGGCCUACUUAAAAUUAGACAACGCAUAAUCAAUACACCCUCUACCCCCUGGCCAUAAUUUCUCUUGCACAUAAAAUAUGUAUCCUGCGGAAAUAGACACGUUCAGCUCCCGUUCACAGUCAGUUUGAACACAUGCUUUUAAAACUUGUGUUCAGUUAUCUUUACCCAGCACAGAAUGGGCUUGCUUAUACGCUACAAUUCCAAUUAAGUUGUUGCCAUCCUUCAUCUGUCACAUUAAAGCCCAGAGCACAGAGUUUUUCUUAUACACACUGAUUUCAGAAACAGCACUUGGAUUCCUUUGAAGUGAAAAAUAUUCUGUAUAGGCGUCCUAUAUAACCGAAUUGGAGUAGUAGAUUGGUACUUCAUCAUAAUGCAUGAGAUUUCCCAUUGUAUCCUAGUGUGCCGCUGAUGACUUGGAAUGACACUAAUGUAGUCCUCCAGCUUACCUGGCUUUGCAGACCUUAUCUUCACCGGAACAAAAAGUUAUGAGCAACUCUAUCAGACCACUGCUUUCCAGGAACAGGGCUUCUCUUCAACUCUUAACUCUAAAAUGCAGGCCAUAAUUUUAGCAGGUCAUCGUGGCUGUUUGAUCCAUCCAAACACUCACGACAAAUAUAACCUGGGAAAUCCCAUGCUGAUUUGCACAAUUGUUCCGAUUUGAAAGACAGCAUGGAUUCUAUCCCUCAGCGAGAACACCAGAUUUUGGGCUACAAUCAGAGAGAUGGGAAGGAUGGAAAGGUGACGACUUUAGUUUGUUUAAAUAGAUACAACUGACACAAUUGGCUAUGGGCUACGUAUAUGCCAAAUGACACAUUCGUAGUGCCUUAAACGGCCAUGGGCAUUCAUAAACUACACUUUUCCAACGAUAAAUGGCAUAGGUAGCCCCCAGAAUACCUCACUUGUGAGGUCAUCUGGUGUUAACCCGGCAACGAGAAAUAGCCUCAGAGCAAGAAUUCUGUUCAGCAUUUAUAUUAUGUUAUCAUUGGUAGCCUACAUUAUCCGUUGUGAAUCUGGGCUUUGACCAGACAACUACAGAAUUGCCAAGGGAAGUACAAAGUAGUAACACAAGACACUAAUGCCUCUUUUCCACUGCUGGUUUUCUGGUAGCUCAACAACUCAUGCGACUCGGUCAUUUCAUUUGCUUUUCGAAUAGGCAUGACACAGCUCAAUUGUAAUUUUUAAAAAGUGGCGGCCGAGUUGCGCUGUGUCAAGCUGUAGGCCUAGGCUACCAGAAAACCACCAGUGGAAAAGAGGCAAUAGUGUUUUUCUUAUGAUUCAAUAUGGGUCCAGAGUAAAAAUGUAUAGUUGUACAGUUGUGAUGUGAAAGUGACAGUUGUCUGAAGGUUUGUGCUGUAUGGGUAUACACAUUUCUAAUUGCUGAUGUGCCUUAUUUUUGUAUUUCAUUGUAUUUCACCAAAACUAUUUAAAUUUUAACGUAGACAAAAUUGACAUUUUAUUGACAGGAUGAGUGUGGUAUUUAUAAUGUGUAAUAGGCAUGACACAGCUCAAUUGUAAUUUAAAAAAAGUGGCGGCCGAGUUGUGCUGUGUCAAGCUGUAGGCCUAGGCUACCAGAAAACCACUAGUGGAAAAGAGGCAAUAGUGUUUUUCUUAUGAUUCAAUAUGGGUCCAGAGUAAAAAUGUAUAGUUGUACAGUUGUGAUGUGAAAGUGACAGUUGUCUGAAGGUCUGUGCUGUAUGGGUAUACACAUUUCUAAUUGCUGAUGUGCCUUAUUUUUGUAUUUCAUUGUAUUUCACCAAAACUAUUUAAAUUUUAACGUAAACAAAAUUGACAUUUUAUUGACAGGAUGAGUGUGGUAUUUAUAAUGUGUACAUUGAAUAAAUA